AUGGCAAAAAGAAGUGUCUUCACGACGGUGACGCCUUUACCAACGGGUAUCACACGAGAGACAGUGAUGGAGACUUUGCGCUCGCAUGUCGAAAUGAUAGACUUGAACCCUCUGGUGGAAGAGCGCCAUCCCAUCAAACCCCCACCAAAUGCUACCGCGGAAGAGUAUCACUGCUUAUGGUACUCUUUGACUGAUCGAGUUCAAUACCUUCCGGGAGGACUGAUGUCUGGCAAGGUCUCCUACACCUGCUGCUUCCAUGAUCUCGAAAACGGUUUGCAAACACACUGCUAUGCGCCUAUGGGAUUAAAUAUAAGAGGAAAGUGGACUCUUGGUGGAUCGCUCCCUGGAGAGCCUGUAGCGCCGGUUGAAAUGGGAGCUGGUGUACCUCUACACGGAUUGUGGCUGAGAGAAGAUGUGGACAUGAAAUGCAACAUCGUCAUGACAAGUUUCGUUAAGAAGACGCUCAAGAAAUCACACUCUGCGUUAGUCAAUCGUCUAGUAGUCAAGGCCCAACUUCUAGAUCGCUCCAUCAACAAUGCUCGACUGAACGAGAGAACACUCGAGACACCAGAACUUGCCACCCUACAACCCGCUUCAUCACUACUUUCUUCAUCCCAAACACCACCAGCCUCAUCACUACUUUCCUCAUCCCAUGCAUCAACGGCGUAUUCUCCCCUCAGUGAUUAUGACAAUGAUAGUUUAUACGCGGAGUCGGAAAUUAGCUCACCACAAUAUAAGACAUUUGCUACGACAAACGCACAGCCUCCACAGACACCAAAGGUAUACCCACCUAUAACCUUACAGAAUCCUCAACUACGGAUCUCACAACAAGUACAUCCAGCCCUAAGAGCCGGCCUACCUCCACCACAAGCAAACCUCGAGCAUAGCGAAAAGCCUAUCUAUCCAAAAUAUGAUCCCUCGGCCUAUCCCCGAGCCCUCGAUGUCCGCCGAGAAGGUGCAUCUUCUUGGAACGACUCCAUACAUGGUACUGGAAACUCUAACCGUCACACGUCUUAUCAAGGUUCUGUCGCUGGCAUGCGUGAUGAUGGUAACAGGGCAAGAGUAGGAUCUUGGCAGAAUGUAGCGAGGAGUGAUAUGUGGAAUUCGUCACGGCCACUAGACCCAAACUCACAGAGAGCCGCAGCUCACUAUCGAAGAGCUUCUUCCCAGUCGGCCUAUAGAAACUCGCCUUCUGAACAGGAAAGGAGGGAUGAUUCUGGAAGACAGGAUAUGAGGAAUAGUGUCGUUCCACCUCCAUUAGCUUAUCAUGCCGAGCUAGAAGGUUGA